AUGGGCAAGUGGCGUUAUGGCGUCGUCUUGGACGCUGGUUCGUCUGGGACCCGUGUCCACGUUUAUCGAUGGCUGCGCAAUGCCACUGCGCGCAACAAGGCGGACGAAUAUGACCUGAAAUCACUUCCGGAGAUCAAGACCAAGGAGGAAUGGGUCAAGAAGAUUCAUCCCGGUGUCUCUUCUUUUGCCAAUGCACCCGAAUCCGUCGGCCCCGAUCACCUCGCACAACUUCUAGAUCAUGCAAAGACUAUAAUUCCGAAGGAGGAUAUUAAGGAGACCCCAAUUUUCCUCCUCGCCACGGCUGGUAUGCGACUAUUAGGAAGCCUGGAACGACAGCUGCUUUUGGAUCAGAUUUGCUCCUAUACGCGUGCAAGCACCGAUUUCUUGUUACCCGACUGCGCCAUGCACAUCCAAGUCAUUCCAGGUGUAACGGAAGGACUCUACGGCUGGAUUGCGACCAACUACUUGAUGGGUGCUUUCGACUCACCCCUGCUUCACGAUCAUGGAAAAGGACAUCAUACUUAUGGGUUUUUGGAUAUGGGAGGCGCAUCGGCUCAGAUUGCAUUCGCCCCUAAUGCAACCGAAGCCGAGAAGCAUGCGAAUGACUUGAAAUUACUCCGACUACGAAACAUCGAUGGAUCCAUGCAAGAGCACCGACUCUUUGUGACCUCCUGGUUAGAAUUCGGUGUACAUGAAGCUAGGCGCCGCUACCUUGAACAUCUACAAGAAGAAGCAAUCGGCUCGAAUGUUGCAGAAUUUCCGGAUCCGUGUCUUCCUAUUGGUCUGCGCACUACUUUAGAUGGCCAAGACGUACCGCCAGGCGUUGUUGCAGGCCCUACUUUGCUCGGUACAGGAAGAUUUGAUGAGUGUCUACGGCGGACAUUUCCCUUGCUGGACAAGGAUGCCCCUUGCUCAGAUGCUCCAUGUCUGCUGCAUGGUACUCAUGUCCCGGCGAUUGAUUUUGACGUCAACCAUUUCAUCGGAAUUAGCGAAUACUGGCAUACGACUCAUGAGAUCUUCGAGAUGGCUUACAAAGACAAGGCAUACGACUUCAACACGUACCAAGAGCGGGUUCAAAUAUUUUGUUCACAAGAUUGGGAUUCGAUUGAAAAGGGAAUUCAGAUUGAGCAAUGGGGCAAGAAGGUAGACCGCCAAAAGGCAAAUGAGGUUUGCUUUAAAGCGUCAUGGAUUAUCAACAUGCUGCACGAUGGUAUUGGAAUACCUCGUGUCGGCCUUGAGAAUACUUCAGGCUCCUCCCACAAUGGAACCAAGGAAGUCCUAUCUCAAGGUCGUGAGAAGGGUUAUCUCGAUGCUUUCCAAGCUGUGAACAAGAUCGACUCGACUGAAGUCAGCUGGACGUUGGGCAAGAUGGUGUUAUAUGCUUCAUCACAGGUGCCAACAGGAAUCGAGGAAGCUUUACCCGUUGGAUUUGGUAGCAAUGUUCCCGGCAUCCCAGAGGACUUCCAAUAUCCUAGUGUUCAGCUCUUGCCUGAUGGCGAUGGGUUCCACAGCGAGCAUUGGCAUGACGCCCUGUUUGAUGGAGAUUCCCCUCGUCGAAUCCCCGGCUUCAUUUUGUUCCUAUUCAUCAUAGUAGUGGUGGCGUUCUUCCUAUGUGGUCGCAGCCGCCGCCUGCGCAUGUACCACCGCAUUAACAACAUCCUCCGACGUGGAGGACCGUCACAUCCCAACCACCCAAAGAAGCGGAGACCUUUCAUGGGAGUGUUGCCAUUUUUCAAUCGCAGUGCACCCUCUUAUGAGCGUGUCUUAGAGGACGGCGCACACGAAUUUGAUCUAGGUGGGACCGAAUCGGAUGGCAGUGAUCUAGAUGGUCGUGCUUCUGACAUUGACGGGAACCCCCGACCUCCAAAGCGUGCAUCUAGCUGGAGCAACAACGGGAAUACCCCUAGCUUGAAGUAUACACUCGACAAUAACUCAUCGGGUACGAUCGGUCUUGGAAUCAGCGGUGGAUCGGGUAUUGCAAUGGAUCGGGCAGGCCUAGUGGUUCGCACAGAAAGCCGGGAUCAUCUAGCCCCCAUUGCUUUAGGACCUACCACAAAUGGGCGCCGCUCAAGAGCUGGCAGUCCCACGAGAUCUCUUCACCAGAAGUCCCCGGUCAUAAGUCCUCUUGCUGAUGAUUAA